AUGGAAGCACAUAAACAAAGUGUCAAUACACAAUCGGAAAACGACGAAAUAAUUGAUGAGAUGACCAAUACAUCGGACAGUGAUGAGUUAGCAAUGCAGGAAGUUUCUCAAGAUCAUUCAGUAACAACAGCAACUCGUCCAAAUUUUGAAUCGAAUACUUCAUUAUCAAACCAUCCGCUACCAUACCAUAACCCUAUUCAUUUAGCAAUACAGCAACCAUUAAACGGAUUGAAUCUUUAUCCGGUUUCUUUCACCGAUUCUCAAUCCGCUUCACUCAUCACUGAUAAUCGUAACGCAGCUAAUUAUGAAGAAAUUUCAACAAAUUCUCCACCACCUAUAACAAUUUCCUUAUAUUCCGAUAUACAACGUUCAGCAGCAGCAAUUCAUGGUGAUCCUCAAGCUCUUCCAUUAUCAGUUAUACCGUUAACUGAUUAUCCCGAGAAUGAAUAUAUGCCUCCGCCGUUUAGAGCACCCGUAUUAUCAGUUCCAACUUCAAAUACUACAAACAAUAAUUCUUCUGAACCAAUGAAUUCAUCGUUACAACAAACAAUUACAAACAUUCAAACAGCUGCAAAAGGUGAAUCAAUGCAGACAGUUAAAAAAGGAGGUCGUAGACGUUUAAAUGAAAAUGCAUGUGGAAAUUUGGCGAAUAAUACGCCUGAAACUUUGGCACCAAAAAAACGUGGAAGAAAACGUAAAGAUGGCAGUAAUGAUAUUAUUGGUGGAAAAACGAAAGAUACUUUACAGAAGGCCUCUCGUCAAUCGAUCAAUGCUAGUAAAUUGGAAAAUAGUGAAAUGAAUAUUGACAAAGCUCCGAAGCGAAAUUCUGAAAUUUCAAAUCAAUCACUAAAUGCAGUUGCGGAAUUAGAAAAUGUUAAUGCGGAAGAAAAAAAGAAGAAAAGACGUCCUCGUAAGAAAAUCGAUGAAAAAUCUGAUGAAACGAUUGAUGAUACGACAAAUGAUACGAAGAAACACGGUUCAAUAACCAAGAAAUCAUCAGCUGCAAAGAAAGAAAGCAUGGAAGAAUUGCUGUGUAAACAAAAAAGUCGUAUGGCAUUUCCAAAAGGUACUUUUCUAAUUCGAUACUGCGAUUUGGAAACAUUGGACUGUGAUCAAAUUUGGUGUGUAGACAAUCAUCAUAUGCUGCUCAAAUAUCGCCUUUCUUCACAUAUUGAAGGAAAACGUCGUCUGUAUUUGAAAUCUCAACCUGAACGAUUCAUUGGUUGGAAAUGUGAGGAACCGUGGCAUUUUUAUGAAUUGACGAUUCUUGAACGUGAUCGUGACGGUAGCAAAGUAUUGGUACUGUAUCCGGAAGCCAAAGAAUUAGCGGAAUGUCGUGAAAAAGCAAGACGUCAGAAGCAAAUUGCGGAAGAAAUGAAACGAGGUUUGGGGACGUCACGUAAUUACGGUGAUAUCAAAGAAGAUUUCGAUGUAACAGAAGAAAAUCUAGUAAAACAAACGGAUAUUAAAGAUCGACUUUUGCAUAAAGAGGAGAAUAUGGAAGUUGAAAUGGUUGAUGAAGCAGAAAAAGCAGUUGAGCGUUUCAUUCUGAUUCCGGAUAGUGAAUACACUGAAACAAAUGAUGAACAUUCUGGAGAGGAAUUUAGUAUCGAAAAUCCUAUGGAAGAAGAGAUUAUCGUUACAGAAGACGAAGAAGAUGAAUAA